GAAAGGAAGUUGAUUUAGUUAAGAAUUGUGUAUGUGCAGAAGGAAAAUGGGUACCUUCAGUUAUUGGGCAGUUAUGAAAGAAUGACCCAAACCGAACAUCAUGUAACUUGCCCACAACAAUUUCAAGGCACAAGAGAAAUGAGCUGCUGAGACAGAGAUUCAUUCUAGCACAUGCCACUGCAGUACACAUGAAUAUGCCAGUGUUUCCUGAUUUUACUGUUAAGAGCAGCUGCUGGAUGGCUAAAAGACAAAAAUGUACAAUGUUUACAAGUUGAAGUAACCUCUCUCAAGGUCCUCCAGAAGAGUAGAAGAUGUUCAGCACUGUAUCGUGCUUUUUUUUGCACAGUGUGAAAAAGAAAACUAAUUAUUUCCAAAAGCAAUGCCGACAGUACUCAAGAAAACUAAUUUGUAAGUGGAGGCAGGUGAAACCACAACAUACUGUGACAGCAAGAAUUUUUAGAGAUCCUGAAAAUGUAGUUUUCCAAUUAAGGAAGGAUCAAAGAUGUUCCUUCACCCAAGAGGUAUUUCAAUGCCAGCUCUCUCCUGUUCAAAUCAACACGAUCCUCAGAGCCAAUGAAUUGUCAGUCAGGAUCCCAGAAUUUGAUGGUAGAAGUCUCAGUUCUGUGCUUAGAUUUGAGAGUAAUCAGCUCCCAGCAAACUCACCUACAGAGGACCGAAGGAGUGUAGCCACUUGUAUGCAGACUAAAGGCAUGAUGUUUGGUGUAUUUGAUGGGCAUGCUGGUUUUGCUUGUGCACAGGCUGUGAGUGAACGCCUUCUUUAUUACAUUGCAAUGGCUCUUAUGCCUCAGAAAAAUCUGGUGGACAUUGAAUUUGCAGUGGAGCAUAUGAAACCAGUUUUGCCCAUUCUACAAUGGUAUAAACACUCAAAUGAUUACAUUUACAGAGAAUCUGCAUCUCUUUAUAUAGACCAACUCAGAGUUUUCUGGCAGGAGCUUAUAGACUCUGAUAAUGCUGAGGGAUUGAGUAAAAAGGAUGCACUCUCUCAUGCUUUUAAGAGGCUGGACUCUGAUAUUUCCCUGGAAGCCCAGAUUCCUUUGAACAAUGACCUGAUGAAGAAUACAGCUAUUCAGGUAGCAUUUGCUGGCUCCACUGCCUGUGUAGCUCAUGUGGAAAAUGCCAACUUGCAUAUUGCCAACACUGGAGAUUGCCGAGCAGUACUAGGAGUUCAAAAUGAAGACGGAAGCUGGUCAUCUUUGCCUUUGACUAAUGACCACAAUGCUUUAAAUGAGGCAGAAGUGUUACGUGUUUUGUCUGAGCAUCCCAUGGAAGAGAAGGACACAGUUAUAGUUGAAAACAGAUUGCUUGGACUUUUGAUGCCUUUUAGAGCCUUUGGGGAUGUCCGCUUUAAAUGGAGCAAGGAUCUUCAAAAGAGUAUUUUAGAAAAUGGCUUUGAUUUAGAAUCCCUAAACAUUCAGCAGUAUUCGCCUCCCAAUUAUCAUACACCACCAUAUUUGAAGGUAGAGCCAGAGGUAACUUACCACAGGUUGAGACCUCAGGAUAAGUUCCUCAUUUUGGCCUCUGAUGGCCUCUGGGAUAUGCUGAGUAACGAGGAAGCAGUUAUGCUGGUGGCAGAGCAUUUAACUGGAAUUCAUGCCAAUGAGCCAGUUUCUACUAGUGAGAAGCAGGUUAGUUUAGGAGAGAUGCAUAGUCUUUUGAUAAAGCGAAGAACAAGAACUGUGCCCCCUUAUGAUACCAAUGUUGCCACUCAUUUAAUCCGGCAUGCCAUUGGCACCAAUGAAUACAAGGAAAUUGAGCAAGAACGAUUAGCUGCCAUGGUAAGCUUGCCUGAUGAUCUGGCCAGGAUGUACAGAGAUGACAUUACUGUAACUGUUGUCUAUUUUAGCUCAGAAUUACUCAGAACACUUUAGUUUUUUGUCAUAAAUUAAUAUAGGUUACUGAAUUAUGAAAUAAUUCAUGUUUGUAUUUAUAGUAAACUACAGAAUAUUCCCAUGUGAAAUAAUGUAAUUAUGGUGCUUUUUAAGAGAUUUUGCUGCCUGUUAGUUGACAUGCCAUCAGGUACAAAGUGAAAAGGGGGCCAGGAAAACCUCAAAGUAACAAAAAUAACACUUUUAUAGCAGACAUCUGAUUAGAUAUUUUGAUUUUAAUUUAAAACAAUAUCAAACAAAAGAGGACUUUGUUCUGAAAAUGAAAAUAAACUUAUUUUGUGAAAAAACAAAACCUUCUGACAAAAGAAAGGAGCUGAAGAAGUAAGGAUUUUUAAAGUGAAAAAUAAGAAUGAUCUUCAUAGGUGUGGAUGUCCUUGGGUCUUACAAACCAGCUUCUGUAUUUCCAAGUGUCAGUGUAGAAAAAAAAAAAACUAUCCUAACUGGUUAAAAAUCUAAAGAGAUUGGCACAAAUGUGGUCCUACUUUUAGGAGUAUGAAUAGUAGCAUUUUAUGAGUUUUACUCAUUUAGGAAACUACUCCUAGCCACAAAGAAAAUAUAAUAUAACAAAAGAGAAUUAGGCAUUUCAACCAACAGCAAAAACUGAAAUGUUUGUAAAGGCCUUGUGAAUGUCAAAGUCAUAUUGCUGUGCUUUCUGAAUCCAGAAUAAGAGAAGAGAAAAAAAUACCAGUUAAUUAAAUGAGAUCAAUUAUUAUCAUUGAUUGUGAAUAUGGUUGGAACAAAAACCUGUAGCUCCAGUGGGUCCCCAGGACCGAAUUUGGGAACCACUGCCCUGGAGAACAUGAGAUUAUAUAAAUAUCCCCUGAAGUUAUCCCUUUGACUUAAAUAUCUUGAGGCACCAACUCAAAUAAAGUGGAGUGGAUUGACUAAAGUUUUGCAAGACAUUAACAGAUGGCCAAUUUUGAAUCUAUCUACACGUACUUGAUCUCCAAACUUAACACUAUUAUUAAAUCUGGGUAUAAAAACUUGAUCCCCCAUCCAUCUUUAAAGUUGUAUUUUAUGUUUUAGUGUUAACUGGAUGUUGUAUGUUUCUUCUUCUUCUUGUUUGUUGUUGCAUCAUUGCUAGUGAAAAUAACAACUGCCUCAAAUGUCAGUUGUAAAUGCUUUUGUAUUACUGUUGACUUGUUGACAACUGAUGAGGAUGACUUUUAGUAAAUUUGUAACAAUUAAGGGAUGUUUUGGGAAUCUCCCCUCUGCUAUUUUGUUGUCAGCAAUGGCAUAGGAUUUCAUUUUUUAUUUGUAUUUGUUUAUCUCUUGAAUGUCCUUGGAAGUUUUAUAUGCAGUUGUAGUGGUUGUCCCCUAUACACACUGAGGCAAGAUGCUAGAUUAAUUAUUAUAUAUGAUCAAGGUUGAAUCCUCCUAAAUGAACCCAUUAAAGUAUUUGGAACUAAACACUCUCCUCGAUGGCCCUGGAUAUACACGUGUCCAGGGAGAUGCCAGUUACCACAACUUGUUUAAAUUUGCCCAAAGGUGACAACUCUCUUGCCAAUGGUGUAGAAAUAUGUGGGUGUACCUAUAGUCUUUACCUAUGCGUACGUUUCUUGAAUCUCAUUUUAUUAUGUUUCUACCGCAGAAGAUCAAUCAAACAUGUAGCAUGUGAGCAAAGCCAUGGUACUCAAAUAUUGAUUUAAUGGUCUCAUAAAUAGUAUGUCGUUUUGUUUUAAAUCAUAUUAGAGUUAAAAUAUAUAAACCCUUCUACUGAUUUAUCACAGUGAAAAUUUUAAUAUUGACUUCUCUUAUAUUUUUGUCUACUUGUAAUGCUCUGUUGCAGUACAGAUGUGGUGUGGACAUCACACUCGGAGAUCAGUAAUGCGCCUGUUGUAUGGCAAUGUGAGUGGCCAGUUCAUCAACUUUUUGAGAGUAGUUCUGAUUUAUUUCCCCUCCACCACUUUAGAUCUUUCCUUUGAUGUUUUUCAAAAUAUCAUCUAUUGAGAAUGUAAUGUUUGUUACCCAUCCCACACUACCCCUAUUAGAGCGCCACCAAUACUUAGUGGGGAAAAUGCUAUUCUGGUACCUUUUGAGUAGUAUGCAAUUUUCUGUUAUUGUUGAGAAGGAAUGCCCAUUGCUGACGACUAUUAACUCUUUAUUUAUACAGUACAUUCAGAAAGUUUUUAAACCCCUUCCCCUUUUCACACCUUGUAAUGUUGCAGGCUAACACUAAAGUCAUUUUGAGCAACACCCAGAGUAACAAAGCAAAAACAGGAUUUUGCACAUUUUUUGUUAAUUUACUUUAAAGGAAAAUGCUGAAAGAUCGUAUUGACACAAGUAUUUAGAACCUUUACUCAGUACUUAGUGAAAAGCACUUUUGGCAAUGACUACAGCAUGGAGUCUUCUUGGGUAUGACAGGAAAAGCUUCACACAUCUGGAUUUGGGAAUUUUCUGACAUUCUUCUCUGCAGAUCCUCUCAAGCUCUGUCAUCUUGAAAGGCAACCAAGAGUACAGCUGUUUUCAGGUCUCUCCAGAGAUGUUUAAUUGGGUACAAGUACAGGCUCUAGCUGGGCCACUCAAUGGCAUGCACAGAAUUGUCCCUAAGCCAUUCCUGUGUUGUCUUUACUUUGUGCUUAGGGUCAUUAUCCUUUUUGGAAGCCCACGUGAGGUUCACCUGGAGCAGGUUUGCAUUUAGGGUAUCUGUAUUUUGCUGCGUUCAGCUUUCCCUUGACCUUGUAGUCUCCCAGUCUCUGCUGUUGAAAAGCAACCACAUAACAUGCAUCUACAUUGGAAUAGUUUUGCACUGGUGAUGAGUGUAGUCUAGUUUCCCCCAGUAGUGACACUUAGAGUUGAGGCAAAACAGUUCAAACUUGGUUUCAUUAGAUCAGAUAAUCUUUCUUCUCACAGUCUGAGAGUCCUUUAGGAGCCGUUUUGCAAACUCCCAGCAGGCUUUCAUGUAUCUUUUACUGAGGAAAGGCUUCCAUCUGUCCAGUCUGCUAUAAAGCUCAAAUUUGGGCAAUGUUGCUGUGAUGGUUGCCCUUCUGGAAGUUUCAGCCUAUCUCCACACAGGUUCUUGGAGCUCAGGCAUAGUGAGUACCCGGUUCUUGAUCACCACUUACCAAAAACAUUCUCCCUCCUUUGCUCAGCUGAGUCAUAGUUGUUCCAAACUUUUUCAGUUUAAAAAUUAUGAAGGCCACUGUGCUCUUGGGAAUGUUCAUUGCUGGAGACAUUUCUUGUAGCCUUCCCCAGAUAUACGCCAUGACUGGCAAUUUCUUACUUUGCUCUUAUACAAAUUUUCAAGUGUGGGACUUUCUGUAGGCAGGUGUGUGCCUUUCCUAACCACGUACAAUCAGUUACACCUUGUUCGGAGUUCACCUUUAAUAAGUUUAAGGACAUCUCAAGCCAAAAUUUAAGUGUCAUAGCAAAGGGUCUGAAUAUUUGUGUCAUGUGAUAUUUCAGUUUUGUUAUUUUUAAUACAUUUUCAUUCUGGGGUAUUAAGUGUUGCUUGAUGUUGGAAAAAAAUUAAUGAUUUCAGUAUAAGGCUGCAACAUAGCAAAAUGUGAAAAAAGUGAAGGGGGUCUGAAUACUUUCUGAAUGUGUUAUUUGUGCAGUCUAAACAACUGUUUGAAUUAUAAUUCAUUGUUUGUGAUAGUGCUCUGGAAUUUUUAAAAUAAUAUGUAUGCAUUAGCCCUGCGGUGGGCUGUAUCCCUGCCCGGGGUUCGUUUUCUGCCUUGCGCCCAGUGUUGGCUGGGAUUGGCUCCAGCUUACCCCGUGACCCUGUGUUAGGAUAUAGGGGGUUGGAUAAUGACUGACUGACUGUAUGUAUUAUUUGUUGGAAUGUAAAUUGAGACUUUAUUUAAAAAGAAAGUAUAAUACAAGUGAGUUAGGUUACCAUGAUUAGAAAUUGUAUAAUGGAAAUUAGAAAAAAAAUUCAGUGACAAAAACAAUAAAUAUAAACUGAUCCAACAUUAUAAAAGCACAUUAACAAGAACAAAAAAAUCAAGAAUAAGAGAAGACAAGUCUAAAAAUCCCAUAGAGAAGAUCAGUAGACAUAGGGAGGAACUCCUGGGGACAAUUCUGGUGGCAAGAGACUGAGAAAAAUGUUGAACAUCCUCUAAGAGUCAUCAU